GAUUAAAUGUAUACUUUAAUAGAUAUUUAUUUAUUACACGUUUACAUGGAAUAAUUGAAGAAACGGUAGGCAAUGAGGCAUCAAUCUAUAUCAAAGUUCUCUGUACAUUAAUAGGAGUAGUUGGUGAUUGAUAAGUUAGUUAUAAGCUUGAAGAACUCUUCCCACAAGAAAGCUCACUUCUUAACUAAAAGUCCCAUUCCUCUUCUAAUUAUUUGGUGGAAAAAUGACUCUUGAAAAGCUAAGUUGGAAAUCAAUCAUCCCAUGUUGUUACAAAGUAGAUGAUGAAUUUGUAGGAUCCAAGAAAAAGAUCACAAAAAAAAGUUCAUUCCAUAGGCUUACCCUUUUGGACUUUGAUGAUCCAAGUUCACCAUUAUCUGCUGAUGAACUCUCCAAUUCAUUCAUUGGGUCAAGCCUUAUCAACUUUACAUAUACUGAUCUCAGAGAGGUCACACACCAUUUUUCAUCUGCUAAUUUUCUCGGUGAAGGAGGAUUUGGACCUGUGUACAAGGGAUUCGUCGAUGACAAGUUUAGGCCAGGACUAAAAGCUCAGGUUGUGGCUGUUAAGGUGCUGGACACAGAUGGUCUACAAGGCCACAAGGAAUGGCUGACGGAGAUAAUAUUCCUGGGGCAACUGAGGCAUCCACAUCUGGUAAAAUUGAUUGGAUACUGCUGGGAGGAUGAUAAUAGACUCUUAGUCUAUGAAUUCUUGCCAAGAAGAAGCUUGGAGAAUCAACUCUUUGGAAAGUUUUCAAUCACAUUAUCGUGGUCAACAAGGAUGAAGAUAGCAUUGGGAGCAGCAAAAGGUCUCGCAUUCCUCCAUGAAGGCGACAAACCAGUCAUAUACAGGGAUUUUAAGGCAUCAAACAUCUUAAUAGAUUCAGAUUACACUGCUAAACUUUCUGAUUUUGGACUAGCAAAGGAUGGACCAGAAGGGGAUGAUACACAUGUAUCCACACGGAUAAUGGGUACACAUGGCUAUGCAGCCCCUGAAUACAUCAUGACAGGUCAUUUGACGACAAUGAGUGAUGUAUACAGCUUUGGGGUAGUUCUGUUGGAACUGCUGACUGGUAAAAGGUCUUUGGAUAAAUCAAGAAGAGAAGGACAGCAAAAUUUAGUUGAAUGGUUAAGGCCUUAUCUAAGAGAUCCAAAGAGAAUUGCUCGUGUGAUGGACCGAAGACUUGAAGAUCAAUACCCUAUCAAAGGGGCACAAACUGCAGCAUUAGUGGCAUACAGAUGCUUGAGUCAUUACCCAAAACCUAGGCCUACAAUGGAUGAUGUUGUCAAGAUUCUCGAGACUCUUCAGGAAGAAAACAACAACACGGAUUCUUCAAUCAGUGAUCCAAUGAUAUCGAUGAUACCGAAUAGUGAUUUUAGCAGUGGAAGUGAGAAAAAUGGGGAAAAAGAGGAUGCUGCAGCACCAGAAAGGAACAGGAAAAACAGAAAUGAAAAGCACUUGAAUGGGAAAAAUCAAGGUUAUGGAUGGAGACAUCGAAUCAAUAGACAGAGAAUGGUGGCAUCUUACUCAGAUACUGCUCUUUAUCGAAGGCAUUGAGAUGGCAAGGAUUGCUUCCUCAAGCAUUGCAGUGAAGAAUAUAAGUAAUUGCACUUCACUAGCUAUAGAACUUUUACACUACAGCAAGAAUGAUAAUAAUUCAGAAAAUACUAUUUGUGCAUAAAGGUGGAAUCAUUCCAGAAAUACAUAGUAGUAAUGCAGUAAGCAGUAUAUAGAAGGCAUAAGCAGCAAACUGCUUCUACUUUACUGUUAAGACACCUAAUUUAAGGUAUAGGAUUGUUACGUUCCUCAUUUCUUCAGUUGUUAGACAUGGAAUGGAAAAAGAAAACAAGACUAAGCCAAUUCUAUUUGUAAAGUUUGAAAUCAUGCAAUUUCAUACCUGGAAUUGUUAGGUACUUAACACUAAGAGUGUGACCUAGCGAAAGUCGGUGAAACAAUAGGAGAUAAGGGUUAAUGAAAGGUGAUUUCUUUCUAUC